AUGUCCUUCCCCUACACCCAGGCCCCCCUCAGCUCCGCCGCAUCAGGCCCCCCCCAGCAAUACCAACCCCAGCCCCAGCCCCAGCACUACCCACACCAGCAGCCGCAUGCUCAGCACUUCCCGACGGCAUAUCCGCCUCAUUAUUACUCCCAGCAAUAUCACCUGCAGCCGUAUGCUGUCCAUCCGGCACAGACCCCCCAUGUCGCCUGCAGCAGCUCGGAGCCCGGCUACUCGAUCCCCAGCACCGGGGACUUCGCCCACAACAUCCCUGGCCCUCUCAAUGCCCCGGCACACCUUCCUCCCGCCUCGUCACUCCAGCCACACAGGCACCAUCAUCCACACCAGCCGCCUCAUGUUCUCCCUCCCCCGCCCCAGGUUCUGCCCCCCCUGCCGCAGCCGCAGCCGCAGCCGCAGCCGCUGGCGCAGGCCGCCGCAUGCUCCGGCAUCCCACCCUCCGCCUUGGGCGCCACGCGGCCGGACUCGGCUCCCGGACGCCUUAUGGCAACCCACACAGACAGCCGGCCUUCCUCACCAAACCCAAGCACCCCGGUCGCCGUGUCUGCGACCGCUGCCCCAGCCGCCGUGACCGGCCCCGCCGGCCGGGCCGCCCGGUCCACUAAAGCCGCCAAGGCCACCAAAGCCACCAAGACCAGCCGCGUGGCGCGAACCGCCUCCGGCCCCAAGGCACCCGAGCGGGCCCAGGCCAAUUCCGGCAACCCCUCUGGCCAGGUGACCCGGGCACCUGGCCGGCGCUCCGACAGCUCGCUCAUCACCUUUACCAAGAAAUACAUUCAUCUGCUGAUGAAGCACCGAGAGCUCACGAUCCCCCGUGCUGCCGAUCUGAUGUCCUCCAACAAACGCCGCAUCUACGAUGUCAUCCGCUACUUGGGGCUCUUCAACAUCGCCUACUACGACAAGUCUCAGGGCCAUGCCAUUUGGGUUGGCCUUGAUGACAUGAGACUGUCCUUCGACCCUGCCACAUACAACCCCGAUGAUCCUGACAAUGACAACCUUGUCGCCAUGAGCGAGGGGUCCGUGUCGCCCCCCCCAUCCGCCGAAAAGCGCCUGAAGGUGCAAGUUAAGGAAGAGCCCACGCCCGCCUCCCUGGUGAAGACCGAAGCGUCGAGCCCCCCGACGACCGGCGAAGCGUCCACUUCCUCAUCCCCGGGCUGGGGUCGCCUCCUGUGGCUCCAGGACCAGAUGGUGGAGGCCAUUGCCACCAUGAAAACCGAGGGCGCCGACAUGGGUGCCGUGGCCACCUUCCUCCAGAGCAUGACCCUUCACUGUCUUGAGCAGGCUGGCGGCCCUGGGGGUGCUCCACCUCAAAUGUUUACCGGGCCGCCGACUGCCCCGGCCAGUGAUCUUGGUUACCACUCCGGCGGAACCCCUGACACCUUGGACACGCCGACCGUCCAGAAUAGCCCCACCACUCCGACUUCCUCGGCAGCCCCUUUCCGCUGCCUGAAGUCCUCGUCGCACUUUGCGGCCGAUGUCGAGGCUCCGCCCAUGGUGUCCGACUGCCCUGGCGUCGGAAUGACCCCCAUUGACCAGCGGCCCCCCCCAGACGGGCCCCGGAAUAUUGGCUCCCUGGCUGCUGGUCCAGCCCGGCUGGCCCACCAGGUGGCGACGCCCCCCUCUUCCGAGCCUGAUGCCCUGCCGCACCCAGAUCUCAAGGCCUCCUCGCUGCUGGCAUCGCCGACGGCCGGCGCAUGUUCCGGCGACCGGCAUCACCUUCCAAUGUUCUUCCACGGCACCCCGGGAACCUGGGGAGCGCCCAUGCCCCAACUCUCGGCAUCCAGUCCACUGCAUUCCCCCUUCCCAAGCACUGCCAGCCCGGCUGGUGUGCACGCAUUCCCCGGCCACAAUGGCCGAUCUCUGGCCGGGACUCCCCUGGCACCUCAGCAACAACAACAACAACAACAGCAGCAGCACCACCAACAUGGUAACACCGCAUGUCUUUCCGAUACCAUGACCACCACCCAACAGUCCGUACGCCCAGCAAUGAAGUCAAGUGGAUCCUCCGCCUUGACAACUGGACCCUUCUCGGAUCUUGCUGCUCCGGCAAUGGCUGGCACUGAUGCCCCGUCGGCCGAAGGGGUCGGUUCCAUGCCGAGCACCACCGAGACAGCUGAGCGUCCCAACCCGUGUCCAUUUUAGUGUCCUUGCAU